GAAAAUUUGUGAAUUUUUCUUUAUCUAAAUUAAACAGUUUCCACGGGCUUGGUUUGAGUUUCCUUAAGUUAGAACUAUGUGGUCAAGUAGUUUUGUCUGCAUAUUUUGAGUCACUGUUGCUGUUAUUUACAGAGCUUCCUUUCCGCCCUUAAAACACAUUAAUGCCGUGACGCGGGUAAAACAGACUAAAAUGGUGAUAGAUUUCAUGGGAAACUAUAAGUAAAUGCGAGUAUUCAGAUAUGAAAUAAGUAAAUAGCUGGAGGCAGUAUUUGAAGAUACCGAGCUAUGCAAUAACAGGACUGAAGUCGAGCUACAUCCUGUACCAGGCUCUUUGUUUUGCUCCCUGAUUUCUGCUGCGCUCCGUGUCCGUCUUUACGGUAGUGAGAAACUGCUGUUUCUCAGCUGAUAUGUGACAUCCAUCCCCCCCGCUGCCUGCUCAUUCAGACGACCAGAGCUGCAGCCCACCGACUCAGUUUGUUGUUGGGAGGGCAGCAUCUAUGACCCAACGUCCAGGAUGUUAGACAACGAGGAGUUCAUGCUGGACUCUUACCCGCGGGAGCUGACCCAGAACCCGCUGAAGAAGAUCUGGAUGCCGUGCAGAAACGGCCACAUAGCUCAGAGACGGGUAUGUAUGACAAACUGUCCUACCCUCAUUGUGACAGUUGGGCUUCCAGCCAGAGGGAAGACUUACAUUUCAAAGAAGCUCACUCGCUACUUAAACUGGAUAGGUGUGCCAACCAAAGAGUUUAAUGUUGGCCAGUACCGGAGGGAGUGUCUGAAGAUCUACAAGUCCUUUGAGUUUUUCCGUCCAGACAAUGAAGAAGGCUUAAAAAUCAGACGUCAGUGUGCUACGUCGGCUCUGAACGAUGUCCGGCAGUACCUGAGUGUUGAAGGAGGACAGGUCGCGGUCUUUGAUGCAACAAAUACGACAAGAGAAAGAAGAGGGACCAUCGUCAAGUUUGCUGAGCAGAAUGGAUUCAAGGUAUUUUUUGUGGAGUCAGUGUGUGAGGACCCAGAUGUCAUUGCACAAAAUAUAGUGCAAGUUAAGCUGGGAAGCCCAGACUACCUACACUGCAACUCAGAGGAGGCAAUAGAAGACUUCAUGAAGAGAAUUAAAUGCUACGAGUCAUCCUACCAGCCUCUGGAUGAGGUUCUGGACAGAGAUCUAUCCUACAUAAAGAUCAUGGAUGUGGGCCGUCGUUACCUUGUCAAUCGUGUCGUUGACCACAUCCAAAGCCGAAUCGUUUACUACUUGAUGAACAUCCACAUCACCCCACGCUCCAUCUACCUGUGUCGCCACGGUGAGAGCGACCUCAACAUCAAGGGACGAAUUGGUGGAGACUCUGGCUUGUCUGCAAGAGGAAAAGAGUUUGCCAAACAUCUGAGGAAAUUCAUCCAGGAACAGAACAUCAAAGAUCUGAAAGUCUGGACGAGCCAGAUGAAGAGAACAAUCCAGACAGCAGAGUGCCUGGGCGUGCCAUACGAGCAGUGGAAUUCUCUCAAUGAAAUCGACGCAGGUGUGUGUGAAGAAAUGAUGUACGAGGAGAUCCAGGAGCAUUACCCUCUGGAGUUUGCACUGAGGGACCAAGAUAAAUAUCGCUACCGCUAUCCUAAAGGAGAAUCGUAUGAAGACCUGGUGCAGCGGCUGGAGCCUGUGAUCAUGGAGUUGGAGAGACAAGAGAACAUUCUGGUAAUUUGUCACCAGGCCGUCAUGCGAUGUCUCCUUGCAUAUUUCCUGGAUAAGACUGCAGAUGAGUUGCCUUAUCUUAACUGCCCUUUGCACACUGUGUUGAAGUUGACCCCCGUGGCUUAUGGAUGUAAAGUGGAGUCGGUGUAUUUAGGCGUGGAUUCUGUGAACACACACAGAGACAGACCAGAGAUACAGGCAGCUUUGUGCUGUUUUUCUGUCAGGGCUUUUCCUCGGUUUUCCAUCUUAGUCGGAACAGCAAAUCUGGAUUGCACUUUCAGGAUGAAUCACUCAGCUGUGUGUGUGUGUGUGUUUGUGUUAACCACAUUGUAUGACACUUUAUGGCGCCACAUUUGAGGAUCUGGUGCUCAUAUAAGAAACCUUCAAAUUUAGCAGAAAGACUAAGUGAAGGUUACGGUUGUGUUUAGGUUGAUUGAACACAACAGUGAAUGAAUGAAGAAUCAUAACAAGCACAUUGCAUUAAUAUUGUUUUUAAACUGUCUUUACAUGUUAUGUCGAAACAUUCCAUACAAUUUUUUGAUAGUUACUGUUUUGUAUUUACAUGAAGCCAUUCACAUGUACGUUAUGCACUGUGUAGCUUUUUUUAAUACCUCUGUAAUCGUGACAAAUGUUUUUAGCCUAAACAUAUAGUUUUGCCACACAUAAAAUGACGCACAAUUUCAUCGUCAUUCCACUAAUAUGUUUGUUUUAAGCUAGUCUUUGUGUAUAUGCUAAUGUUUACUAUUUUAAAUGUGAAGGGUGAAUAAACAGUGUUUACCCAAAUUUUAGAUUGCCACCGGAAUAAAGGUGUACUAUGUUUUUACUCCAAAGUCAGUGAUAAUGUUAAUUUGUUGGAUAAAACAAUUGUUUCAUGUCUUGAGUUUGUCAAGGUUGAUGCAUUGUGAACAUAAAAUCCAGAGGAAAAUAAAUUUAUUUGUCAUGUUA